AUGCAGGAGUGCCAGGAGAUCAAAGCCCAACUGGAGAUCAAGGAGAGACAAACUGCUGGGAAGCUAAGGGCCAAGCUGGAAGUGGUUGUGGAGGAGCUGAAUGUCAAGUUGGAGGACGCCAUCCUGGAGUACACCGAGGAGCGGAAGCAAGCCAAGGACUAUGCAGAGAAGCUCUACGAGAAAGACUCCAAGGUCAAGAAAAUUGAAACUGAGGCCUCCUUCUCCAAGGACUCCGUUCAGCGGCUUUGUGGUGACAUCAAACAUUUUCAGGACAGGGAGCUGCAGCUUAAAGACCAGAUACGCAAGCGGGAAGGUGAAAUCGAGCAGUGGAAGCAGCGACUUGAAGAGUCCCGCGGUGAGAUCUCCGAGUUGAAAGAUGUCAACUGGCGCAUCGCCGAGGACUUGGAGAAGUCAAAAGUGAGCUUGAGGGAGGUGGAGGCCAUGGUGAAGAAGACGACCAGUGAGCUGAAGUCGGGCAAGGGCCGAAUGGUCGAAGCGGAGGCAAGGAACAUCGAGCUAAGCUCGAAUGUGACGAAGCUGAUGGAGGCGUUGGUGCAGGCCGAGGCACGAGAGAAGGAGGCUUUGGAGAUGCUUGCAGAAGGCAGAGGACCUGAGAAAGAACGGAAAAAGAAGAAGAUGCCGCUAAGAUCUCGGACGACUGCUAGCUUUGAAGGUGGCCGGACAGCGGCGAGCUGA